GUUCCGGUUUGUCACGAUCAUAUGAGAAAUAGACACAACACUGACAUUUUCGCCAGGUGAAACCUCCAUUUAUUCCCGUGUCCCUGAAGCCCUUAAGAUGUCAGGUCUUUUUACGAAAAAGCCGACAGUUGAACAACAACUUCGACAAAAUGACCGAGUCAUGAAGAAAACACAAAGAGAUAUUAUCCGAGACAGGGGACAACUUGAAAAACAGGAAAAACAAUUAGAAAUGGAAAUAAAAAAAGCAGCCAAACAAGGAAAUAAACAGGCAGCUACAAUUUUAGCUAAACAGUUGGUGGCAUUGCGAAAACAGAAGACAAGAACAUAUGCAGCUGGAGCCAGAAUACAGGGUAUCAGUAGUCAACAAAAGCUGAUGCAUUCCAAUAUGAAGAUGGCCAAUGCCAUGGGAACUACAACAAAGACAAUGACUCAGAUGAACAAGGUGAUGGAUCCUCAGAAGACUAUGCAGAUGAUGAAAGAAUUUGAAAGGGAAAAUGCAAAAAUGGAAAUGACGGAGGAAAUGAUGAAUGACACACUAGAGGAUGCUUUUGCGGAGUCAGGGGAUGAGGAAGAACAAGACGCCAUUGUAUCUCAGGUUCUGGAUGAAAUUGGAAUUGAAAUCUCCGGAAAGUUGGCCGAUGCUCCAUCAGCACACAGUGGCAAACUCGAGUCCAAAUCUGGUGUUACAGAUGAUGAGAUAGAGAAACAGUUGGCAGCUCUCAAGGAUUUGUAGUCCAGCUUUUUACGAGUCAUGUUCAUAAAAACAAAUAAUGUUGUUGUUGUUCUUUUACAUAUUGCAUGUAUAUAUAUAUAUAUAUAUAUAAAUGGUUAAAGUGUAUAGAGAUAAAAAUUGAAAACUGAAAUUGUAACCAGCCAUGAGUGCUACAAUUAUAUCGAAGUAUUAGAUUAGUUUUCGUUAAUGCUUAUUUUACCUGAAUCAGGUAGCAGCAAAAGCCCUCCAUUUUCUGAACUCUCAAAAGCACCGUUGAAACUACUGCCUUCAGACCUUGUAAUUACUAGUACUUGAAAUAAUUUAUUUUACCUCAUUUUGUAUGUUGGCAUGUCAUCUUAUUUUUGAAAGACAAUUAUCAUGCUAAAGAAUAAAGCCAUAUUCUAAUUCACAUUCUGCUGAAAAAUACUACUUUGUUGUUAGGACAUAAGGAAGUUACAACAAGGUACCAAGGCCAGAGAAAUAAAAAUCAUUGUACACAAGACAUAAUAUUGUAAUGAAUUCAGCUACUUUUAAAAUUUAUUUGGAAACAGGUCCAUCUUUUUCCUUUCAACUAAAUCCAUCAUCAUUAUCAGGUAUGAGAAGAUUUAUAUGAAAGCUACCUAGAAAUGUUAAUACUUCCAGUCUGUAAUUUCUCUACAUUUAAUUGAUGUUCGCCACUCUCUGAUGAAACAAAAAUUGCAUCUUUUCUUCUGAAAUUUGUAUAUGGCAGUCUGAAGUAUAUGGCAGUAACUCAUAUCAACUCAUAGUUUCACUGCAACAACAGGUUCCUGCAAAUGAAUGCUAUUGGCACUAGUAAAAUGGGUUUGUGGUCGUUUGUUAGUCAAAUCGUCACUGAUUGGCUGACAGUAGAAAGAAGAGUGUUCUCUUGACUAGAAUCGCUUGGUGUUUAAUCACUAAAAUUAGCUUAUUUAUAAAGCCUGCCUCGCACUAAUUGCUAAUUUGUGAAGAUUGUACAGUUUUUGAUAAUCGUUGCAUUUCAGUGAUUUAGUCAUAAUGUCAAUUCGAUUUGAUUAAGAUGUUUUUCAGAUCCAGAGCUUAAACUGUGACUUUUCCAAAAAGGUCGAACAGGUACUUAACAGGAAAGACAGGAAAGAACAUUGAUUGCUGCCUGUUAUUGUCGAAUCAUCCAACUGUUCACUCCAUGAACUGGGGUUAUCUUCCAACUAAGACUCAUUUCCAGUGUGUAAAAUUAAAAAUUCCAGUGCGCAGUUGUUUUUAUUGUAAUUAUAAUAAAAAGUUUCGUAUUUA